ACGGCGUCGGGUGGCCCACCCCGAGCUGCAUUAGCGUCCUGGGGAGCUUGUGCCUCGGUUCACUGCCCUGAUUUCGAUCUGGGGACCUUGCGCUCACACCGAGGGGACCUCCUCCUAGAAAGUCCAAUGAGCUUGCAACGGGAUCGGGACGAUUCCGAGUUUCUAUCACCACGGCGGCGACUUAGUUGCCCCGCGACCUGACGUCGACUCCCACCUAUUUUGGGCUGCGCUUCCCCGAGUCUCUGCUCCUCCCGACUUUGCUCCUCAUCCGGUCUGCCCAGCAGUCGCAUAUCCAACCCACCCACCCUUCGGAGAGGAGCAGCCAUGGCCACCGCAGCUUCGCUUCCCGAAUUCCAGGCCACGGCCCUGGAUACCAUUCCCGGCAUUGCCAGCACCGUGCGCGGCACCUUCCGCACACACAAGACGAAAAAGCUGCAAUGGCGCCAGAUGCAGCUGCGCAAGCUGUACUGGGCCCUGGAGGACUACCAGCCGCAGCUGCUCGCCGCGCUCAAGCAGGACCUGCACAAGUCCAGCUUCGAGGCGCUGCUCACCGAACUCGACUGGGUGAAGAAGGACUGCCUGUUCAUGCUCGACCAUCUCGAGAAGUUCGCCAAGGACGAGAAAUUGGGCGCUCCCCAUGUCCCCGUGACCUUCUCCCUGAUGAAGUUCCGGAUCCGGAAAGAGCCCGUGGGUGCUGUGCUCAUCAUUGGCCCCUACAACUUCCCGGUCCAGCUCCUCCUGGCUCCUCUGGUCGGCGCCAUCGGCGCUGGCUGUACGGUCGUGCUCAAGCCGUCGGAGCUCACGCCGGCGACCGCAGCGGUCAUCAAGGAGAUGCUGGAGAAGAGGCUCGACACUACGGCCUUGGCGGUCGUCAACGGCGGCAUUCCCCAGACUAAUGCGCUUAUGAAUGAGAAGUGGGACAAGAUCUUCUUCACAGGCAGCGCCGCGGUGGGCACCAUCAUCGCGAAGAAGGCCGCCGAGACCCUGACGCCCGUCGUCCUCGAGCUCGGCGGCAAGAACCCUGCUUUCAUCAGCAAGCACGCCAACCUUGCGCUGGCCGCCAGGCGCCUGAUGUGGGGCAAGACUAUGAACGCGGGCCAGGUGUGCCUGUCGCAUAACUACGUGCUCGUCGACAAAGACGUCGUUCCGACCUUCAUCGAGUUCCUCAAGCAGGCGUACAGGGAGAUGUUCCCCAACGGCGCCAAGGCGAGCCCCGACCUGGGCCGCAUCGUCAACCAGCGACACUUCCACCGGCUGAAGAAGAUGCUCGACGACACCAAGGGCAAAAUCGUCCUCGGCGGCUCCAUGGACGAGUCCGAGAACUUCAUCGAGCCGACCGUGGUGCUUGUCGAUUCGGUCGACGACUCGAUGAUGCAGGAGGAGUCCUUUGGUCCAAUCUUCUCCAUCUACCCGGUGAAUUCGCUGGACGAGGCCCUAAACGUUGCGAACCGGGUCCACCGCACCCCGUUGGCUCUCUUCUCGUUCGGCUCCAAAGCGGAGAACCAGAGAGUCCUCAACGAAAUGACGUCGGGCGGCGCGACGCUCAAUGACUCCUUCUUCCACGGCUCACUCAACACGGUCCCCUUUGGCGGCGUCGGCGACAGCGGCUGGGGCGCGUACCGCGGCAAGGCGAGCUUCGACUGCUUCACGCACUUCCGCACCGUCUCGCAGACGCCCUGGUGGGCCGAGAAGCUCAUCGACGUGCGCUACAUGCCGUUCGACAUGGCCAAGCUGCGACGGCUGAACAUGCUGACGGGCCAGAAGCCCAAUUUUGACCGCAACGGCAGGGUGAUCAAGGGCGUUGGGUACUGGACCACGCUAGUGCUUGGGUUGGGCGGAAAGGGCGCCAAAGGUGCGUUCCUACGCUGGAUGGUCGUUCUUCUGGCCUAUUAUCUUUAUACGCAUCGCCUGGGAAGAUGAUUUUUGGAUCGGAUUUACUCUUUUUGGAUCUUCCGCUUUCUCUGGUUCAUCGAUCUAAUGCCAGCUCUGUGUUAUCUAGGAGACGAUGAAUGAUGGAUAUGUAGGAUUAAUUCGCUGUGCAACGGGAAGUUUGGGCUAUCUACUGCUAGGCUUGGGUGCCGCUGAUGGCUCGAGGGAUUGAUAUGGCGACAACUACUCGCGU